AUGUCUGCAUAUCCGAAGUUGCGAGCAGAGACUGAAAGUAUUUUAAUUUCACAUGUUGAAGAAUGUGAAAAAAAUCAUAAAGAAAAUCUUGAUACUUCAAUUCAGAUUCAACUCAGUUAUUUCAACAAUGAAAAUCCAGAUUUCAUUUAUUUCAAUAAGGCUGAAGAAACUGUUGUUAAUCAAAAUAAACCACCUCUUAUCCAGGGAGUAUCGAGAGCAAAUGGAGCUUCUCCAGCUAAUAAUUCUCCAGCAUUAAUGGAAAUAGUGCCUGAAAUGCAAGAAGCUGAAAAAUUUCGCAUCAUGAUUGAUUCAUAUCUAAAAAUCGUUAUAAAAAAUAUUAAUGAUAUUGUUCCCAAAACUAUUAUGUAUUUUAUAAUAGAAGAUAUGAAGAAGUUUGUCAAGCAUGAUUUGUUGGUAAAACUUCUUAUUAGCAAUGAUAAAUGUUCCUUGACGGAGUUAUCAAAACAAGAAAAAAAAAAGCGUGAUGAACUUGUUCGUAUGCGUGAAGCAUUAGAAGAAGCAUUGGUUAAAAUUGAUUCAAUGUCAUCAAUGAAUUUAGUCGAGUAAAAAGUAUUUGAUUCAAUUUAAAGCUUUACAAACUUAUGCUUUAUUCAGAUGAUUAUAUUUUUAUAUUGAUACUAACUUCAAUUUUUUCUAUUAUCGUAUUCAUUUUAUUUAAUUA